ACAAAUCUGAACAAACAUUAAAACUGAUCUCUCUCAUCAUCUUUGGCCAUGGCAAAAGAUGAUGAUGUGCAAGAGGGUGGAGCACCAGCGGCGAGAGACUACAAGGAUCCGCCUCCCGCACCAUUGUUGGACAUGGAGGAACUUCGGAAGUGGUCGCUCUAUAGAGCGGUCAUAGCCGAGUUCGUGGCAACACUUUUGUUCCUCUACGUCUCAGUCCUAACCGUAAUCGGCUACAAAGCUCAAACCGAUGCAACCGCCGGAGGAGUGGAUUGCGGAGGCGUAGGAAUAUUGGGAAUUGCGUGGGCGUUCGGUGGAAUGAUCUUUGUCCUCGUUUACUGUACCGCCGGUAUCUCCGGUGGUCAUAUAAACCCGGCUGUGACGGUGGGACUAUUCCUGGCUCGUAAAGUGUCAUUGGUGCGGGCAGUUUUAUACAUUGUGGCUCAGUGCCUUGGUGCCAUCUGCGGUUGUGGUCUCGUCAAAGCAUUCCAAAGUUCUUACUACACCAGAUAUGGAGGUGGAGCCAACGUGCUCGCCGACGGCUACAACAAAGGUACCGGACUCGGUGCCGAGAUCAUCGGAACUUUUGUCCUUGUUUACACCGUCUUCUCGGCCACCGAUCCCAAGCGAAGUGCUCGUGACUGUCACGUGCCAGUUUUGGCGCCACUUCCCAUCGGAUUUGCCGUCUUCAUGGUUCAUUUAGCCACCAUUCCCAUCACCGGAACCGGUAUCAACCCGGCUCGUAGCUUCGGAGCUGCCGUUAUUUACAACAACGAAAAGGCCUGGGACGACCAAUGGAUUUUUUGGGUUGGACCGAUGAUCGGAGCAGCAGCGGCAGCGUUUUACCAUCAGUUUAUUUUAAGAGCGGCUGCGAUUAAAGCUCUUGGCUCCUUUAGGAGCUUUGCUUAAUUUUUAUUUAUUUUAAAUUAAACCACAAGUUAUUAAUCUUUAAUCAAAUGAUGAUGAUUACCAAUGUAUUAAGCGGAAGUUACAUGUAUCUUCUUUACAUGUUUCUGUUCUUUUUUCUUCACUUCAUGGAAUAUUUUCCCAUUCGUGUAAUUGUAAAUGUGGUUAUAAUUAAUGUUGCUUUAAGAU